AUGCUGUAUAAAGUGCUUGUCGUGGGAUUAAGCGCGUCAUCGUUUAGUACCGCCAUUGAAGUAAGUGUCUGCCGCGAUGCCACGUACGAUAUCUCAGUGGACGCUUCAUUGCUGUGCGCGGGCUCAGGCUCAGGACCUACGGGAUUAAGUUGCCCAAAGGCGGGUGAUGUGGCAGUAGCGGAUUGUUACUCGUACCUUCCAUCGUAUACGGGUAAACAAUGUGUAGCGCCUGAAGACGCCGUGUGUCAGUUGGUGCAUGGAGGAGACACGUGGGGCUGUGUGCUGCCUACUGUCGGCUGUAAUAGUAUAGUAAAGCCCGAGUGCGUGACAUGGGACUAUAAGGGAGAAGACACGAUGGAUUUGGACAGCUUGAGUUAUUUUGAUGGAAAUGAAGAGUAUGACGAGAGUUGGUUCUUCCAAACGACAGAGUUACGUGACCUUUACAAUGGCUGCGGAGAGCUACCGACGCCCGCGCCGACGACGGCAGUACCUACACCAGCACCGACUCCGGCACCCACGACGCCGGCACCGACUCCGGCACCCAGACGUCCCACGACGCCGGCACCGACGCCGGCACCGACUCCGGUACCCACGACGCUGGCACCCACGACGCUCGGCAGUGAUUUAUGCAGUAAUUUAAUGGACGGAGAGGUCAAAAGCGAUUAUGAGUCAAAAAUGGGAGACAAAGACAGCGUGAAUACAGAGUUGUCGAAGGUGUCAUUGGCUUCUGUAAAUGCAUCGAAAUCUCAAGGGUUCGAGGCCGACGCAUACGUUAUUAUUGCAAUUGUCGCUGCUGUUGUGGCGGUCGCUGCGCUCGCAGCUGUGUACGCUCAAAAGAGACAGCAACUCCAGCAAGAGGCCCCUGCCACCACUCGUGGACGCAGAUCGAGCAUUGAAUACGAUAUGGCGUUGACACCACCCAAUGCGGUGACGUCUCCGAGAGGGAUGACGUCUCCUAGAUUGUAA